GUUGUCCCUGCUCUGGCUACUAAUGGUUUAAACAAAAUGGCGCCCGCCAUGCGAGCUAGCAUGCGAGCCAUCGUGCGCCGCUUCGGUUUGUGCGCGUCUUUGCACAGAAAUGUCGUGUCCGCGAGGAAUAUCAGCACCCACGGUGCACUCAGCCAACAGCCUAGUCCUCAAACGAAUGCAGCAGAGCCUGCAACCACCGGCAGUGCAUUGCUGGAUCCCCUGCAGCACCCCGACUACUUUGGCAUCGGCAAGAUCCUGUCGAUGCGCGAGCUCUUUGACGCGCGCGUCCACUUGGGCCACAAGGAAGGAACUCUGAACGAGCUCAUGAAGCCAUACUUGUUCGGCUCCAGGCUGGGAUACCUCGUAAUUGACCUUGAGAAGACCUUUGACCACCUCUUCCGUGCACUCAACUUUGUCGCGCACAUUGCCUACCGGGACGGCAUCAUCUUAUUCAUCACCAGGCACCAGCAGACAGCCCACAUGGUGGAGGAAACGGCCAAGGCGUGCCAGGAGUUCGCCCACGCCCGAUGGUGGAGGGCUGGCCUGUUCACCAAUUCAACGGCUCAGUUCGGCACGGUCACACGGCUCCCCGACACAGUGAUUCUGCUGUCAACGCUCGACUCUGUGUUCGAGGAGCACCCGGCUGUCAAGGAGUGCAACAACAUGCUCAUACCCACGGUCGCCAUCGUCGACACCAACUGCGACCCACGCCUCAUCACCUACCCGAUCCCGGGAAACGACGACACGCCGUCGGCUAUCCAACUCUACUGCAACCUCUUCAAGACGGCCAUCCUUCUCGGAAAAGAGCGGCGGAAAAAAGACCAGGAGGAAGCGGCAAAGCUGAUUGCAACGAUGAGUGGAGCCAGUGGUGAGACGUCAAAGACGUUGGAGAGCACUUGAAAGGCAAGGACUCAUGUGUCAUGCAAGGACUCACGUGUCAUGUCACAGAACUUGUAUAGUUGAUGAAAUGAAUUGUGUAAGUAGUCCAAAA